AUGCGUCCCUGGCUGGGGGCGUUGCUGGCAACUUUUGUCCCAGGACUCGCCACGGCUGCCGACUACCACGAGCAACUUAAUCUGCGACCGCUACCGCUCUCCCAGCUUCUCGCAAGCUUCAAUUUCAAAUCAAAUACGUCCAUCGCCGACUUUGAGGCGCACAAUUUCAGAUUAUUCCCCCGCUCACUUGGCCAGAUACUGGAGUAUGCAGGCACACGGGAGCUGCAUCUACGGUUUACAUUAGGUCGCUGGGAUGCAGAGACAUGGGGAGCCCGACCGUGGGAUGGUACAAAGGAAGGGGGCACAGGUGUAGAGUUGUGGGCGUGGAUGGAUGCCGAAACCGAGCGACAAGCAGACGAGAACUGGCUGACCCUGACGAAUGCCUUGUCUGGCCUGUUCUGCGCGAGUCUAAACUUUAUCGACGGAACAAGGACGGUACGGCCGGCUCUGUCAUUUCAACCAGAGGGCCACCAUUCGAGCGAGACGCUGGCAAAGACGAGAUUAUUACAUGGUGUUUUGCCGCAUGAGGUUGUGUGCACUGAGAAUUUGACGCCCUUCUUGAAGCUGCUGCCGUGCCACGGGAAAGCAGGCAUUGCGAGUCUGUUAGACGGUCAUAAGUUAUUUGAUUCAUCCUUUCAGAGCAUGGCGAUUGAUGUGAAGCCAAUCUGCGACAACAACGGCAAUUGCGUGUUGCAGAUGGAACAGACGAUUGACAUGGUUAUGGAUGUUGAUCGAUCCAAGAGGCCUAGAGAUAAUCCUAUCCCGCGGCCGCCUCCCAAUCACGAACUAGUCUGCGACACGACCAAGCCCUACCACGAUGACGAGCACUGCUUCCCAGCCGACCAUCUCAAUGGCCAGGACUGGACGCUUUCUCAAAUAUUUGGCCGCCCGAUGAAAGGCACAUGCCCCCUCGCCGACCCUAAACUGCCACCCGUGUGCCUUCAAGUCCCCAAUUCGCGCGUCGUCUAUGCGUCUGAAGGGUCGACCGAAAUCAAGGACAAAAACGGCAUGUCCAGAUGCUACACAUUCCCGCCCGAAAACGAAUUCGCCCUCGUGCUCCCCAAAUCCGAGCCCAAAACCCCAGACGAAGCAGCAAAGGAACUCGUCGAGCCCAUACAGCCGCUCCUCUACGCAGAGCGCAGUUUCACCGGCCACGGUCAAGAGCACGGCGGUGUCCAAGCCAUUCUCACCAACCCCAACGCCGUGGAAGUCGAAUUCGUCUACCUCGAAUCCCUCCCCUGGUUCAUGCGCAUAUACCUCCACACCCUAUCCACACGCAUUUCAACCUCGGCCGCCCCAAACACCAAUUCAUCCGAACUCAUCAAGCAAAUCCACUACCGCCCUGCUCUCGACCGCUCCCGCGGCACCCAGCUGGAGCUUCUGAUGCGAAUUCCCCCCAAAUGCACCGUCUUCCUCACAUAUGACUUUGAAAAAGCCAUCUUGCGAUACACAGAAUACCCACCUGAUGCGAAUCGCGGCUUCGAUGUCGCAGCAGCCGUGAUUCGCACCCUCGAACCGCAAGUCAUGAACCUCCGUACCACUAGUUUGCUGCUGUAUCUGCCCACGCCGGACUUUAGUAUGCCGUACAAUGUGAUUAUUUUUACGUCGACGGCUAUUGCGCUUGCGUUUGGUGGACUGUAUAAUAUCCUGGUGAGGAGGUUAGUUGGCGCGGAUGAGGUUGCUGGGUCCAAGUUUUUGAGGAAUCUAUUGAGCAAGUUUCAGAAAAAGGCGGCUGUGCAAUAA